CGACCCACCGGCUUCGGCAACAUGUCACGCGAGGAGCCGUUGCUCGCUCCACGCCAGUCCUCCGAGCACUCCUCAAUCCGAAACGAGGACGAAGAAGACGCUCUAUUGACAGGCGAACGCACGCAUCGCUCUCAAGAUGGUUCACGCAGAGAUUGGUCGUUCUGGCGACAGCUGGGAUUGUUUGUCUGGUCGCUCGUAGCAACAAUGGCUGUUGUCAUCCUUGCAGUGAUGUAUCAACAUAGGGUAACCACACAGCAACCUGGACCAGACGACCUCAGCUGGGGACCGGGACCAGGAGGUAAACCCGAGGGGAAAAGGAACAUAGUCUUUAUGGUUUCGGAUGGAAUGGGCCCUACGAGUCUAUCCUUGACCAGGAGCUUCCGCCAACUCGAGCUAGGUCUUCCCGCAAACGAUACUCUAGUUCUGGAUCGGCAUCAUAUCGGUACCUCGCGAACACGUUCCUCGUCGAGUUUAGUUACCGACUCAGCUGCCGGUGCGACCGCGUUUUCAUGUGGACACAAGAGUUAUAAUGGUGCAAUCUCUGUGUUACCCAACCACACGGCUUGCGGAACUGUGUUGGAGGCAGCACAUCUUGCGGGCUACAAAACGGGAUUAGUGGUUACUACUAGGAUCACUGAUGCGACACCUGCUUGCUUCGCUUCCCAUGCUAACAGACGUGAGUAUGAGGAUUUGAUUGCGGAGCAAGAAAUUGGCGAACAUCCCUUGGGCCGGGUGGUCGAUCUGAUUCUUGGAGGUGGACGAUGCCAUUUCUUACCGGCAGAAGUCGAGGGUGGUUGUCGCGCAGAUGAUAGGGAUCUUACCAAGGUCGCGCAGGACAAGGGCUUCCAUUACAUCUCAGACCGAAAUGGGUUUGAUGGAUUGAACGUCGGCCAAAAUGCCAAACUCCCUUUACUGGGUCUGUUUGCAGAAAGAGAUAUUCCUUAUGAAAUUGAUCGUCGAUUCCAAGAAGACACAUACCCUUCUCUCGAGGAGAUGUCUCGCACUGCGCUGGCUGCUUUGAAAAAGGCAACUGAGUCAAGCGAACACGGCUUCUUCCUUAUGAUUGAAGGUUCACGAAUUGAUCACGCUGGUCACGGAAACGAUCCUGCCGCCCAGGUACAUGAGGUCCUCGCGUACGACAAGGCGUUUGCAGCUGUGUUGGACUUUAUUGAGAAAGAGGAUACCCCGACUGUGCUCGUGGCCACUUCUGACCAUGAAACUGGUGGUCUCGCAGUUGCUCGGCAAUUGCACAAGUCAUACCCUGAAUACAAAUGGCUUCCCGAUGUUCUUGCGAAAGCUAGCCACUCUUCUGAGUAUCUGGGGCGGAAGCUGAAUGAGUAUCUCAGCUCGUCCAGCAAGAAGGAUACUCUCGAGAAGCAGCGUGACUAUGUUCGCAAGUCACUCUUGAAGGAGGGUCUUGGAAUCGAGGAUGCUACUGAUGAAGAAGUUGGCUCAUUGCUUCAGCCUGACAAUGAAGUUCCAUCGAGCUACUUGUUCGCCGAUAUUAUAAGCCGACGUGCCCAGGUGGGGUGGACUACCCACGGGCAUUCAGGUGUCGACGUCAACAUCUACGCAUCAUCCACGAAAGACGCAUGGCCACUACACGGGAACCACGAGAACACCGAAGUGGGUGAUUUCCUAGCUGCCUAUCUUGACCUCGACGUCGAAGCUGUCACUCAGAAAUUGCAAGAGCAAGCCUCAUUAUCGUGGUUGGGUGAUCCGCUUGGGGCUGAUAUCCGCGUAAACCAACUGGACAGUUAUCAUGGAGAUUUCCGCAAGCGAGGAGAAGGUUGUGAUUGUGGUCAGCAUUAGAUAUCCGACUGUUUACACUGUUAAGGGACAUAUUGCAUGUCAUUGAUUUGUAUCUUUUUGGCACACAUGGCGUUCUGGGAUUCGUGCGCGGUAUAUAAGAUUGUUGUUCUCGUCAAGUUAGUAUUAUACAGGAGUUAUAUUAUAUCAUGUUUCCUACUUAGCCUGGUAUAUAUGGAGUCAAUUUUCGAAGUGAUGC